AUGAGCUUCAGGGGCUUUCAGAAAAGCGUGAUUCGCGCACCACAACAAUUCAAGCAAAAGUUCAACCUCGGCGAGCAUACCAAAGACGCUGUCUACAUCGACUCCGAGCGCAGAUUCCAAGAGCUCGAAACUGAGACCAAGCGCCUUCACGAUGAGAGCAAAAAGUACUUCGAGGCCAUCAAUGGCAUGCUGCAACACCAGAUCGAGUUCUCCAAGGCCAUGACCGAAAUCUACAAGCCCAUCAGCGGUCGCAUGUCCGAUCCCGACUCCCUUGUCCCCCAUGGAAACAUUGAGGGUAUUGCCGCCUGCGAGGAGUAUGAGGCCGUUGUCAAGGACCUGCAGGAAACACUGGCGCCAGAGUUGGAGAUGAUCGAGAGUAGGAUUAUUCGGCCAGCGAACGAGCUCCUCGAUGUGGUCAAGGUCAUUCGCAAAACGGCCGUGAAACGCGAGCACAAGAAGCUGGACUACGACAGACACCGCGCCACCCUCAAGAAGCUCCAGGACAAGAAGGAUCGGUCGGCAAAGGACGAGAAGGCUAUGUGGAAGGCUGAGAACGACGUUGAGCAGGCCACUCAAGAGUACAACUACUUCAACGAUCUGCUUAAGGACGAGCUACCCAAGCUGUUUGCCCUCGAACGCCAGUUCAUUCAGCCGCUUUUCCAGUCCUUCUACUACAUGCAGCUCAACAUCUUCUAUACCCUACACGAGAAGAUGCAGCAUUGCGACAUUGGCUACUUCGAUCUGACUUUGGACAUUGAGGAGGCCUUCCACGCCAAGCGUGGCGACGUCCAAGAGCGUGCGGAGGCGCUCUCCAUCGUCAAGUUCAAGACCACGGGUAUGAAGCGACCGCCAAAGUACCAACGUCCUGGUGCCCUCGAAGGAAACAAGCCAGCAGGCCUUCUUACAGCUGGUUCCUCGACGACCACUUCCACCGGUACCCCUGAAGCGGCUCCUUCAGUGACAGCCCCCCGACCCUGGGAACAGCAACAAGCUCCUGCUGUUACAGCACCGCGACCUUGGGAGACUCAGGCGGAACCCGUAGAAGCGCAUGCUCCACCACCGUAUUCGGUGAAGCCGAGCACGCUACAUGCGACACCAGCCUCCUACGCCGCUCCAGUUGCCAGCCCGAAACCCUCGUCGUUGUCCAUGGCGGCGGCCGCAAAGGCCAAGCCCCCACCGCCGAAGCCCAAGCCCAAGGCCCUCAUGGCGGCACCCCAGGUAGAGACCGUCACGGCACUUUACGACUACUCGGCGCAAGCAGAGGGCGAUCUAAGCUUCCGUGCCGGUGAUGUGAUUGAGAUAGUAACAAGGACUGCGAACGAGAAUGAGUGGUGGAUUGGAAAGUUGCAUGGAAAGCAGGGUCAAUUCCCAGGUAACUAUGUCCAAUUGAAUAGCUAG